AUGCUUCCAACCUCAAUUCAUCAUCCAACUCCAACUUUACAAUCGAUAUCAGCACAACCAGUUCCAUACGACUUCACAAUAUACAUAGAUGAUGCAAAAUAUAUGUGUCAUUUAAAUCAAUUAAUCGAGAUUUCUUCAAAAAUCACUAAAGAUUUAAAUUCUUUUACAAUCGAAAAGAUCAAAGAUCCAAAUCAUGACUUUCAGAUCAUUAUCGAUAUAUUAAACGGCAAAGCAGUGGAAAUUAACAAAUUUAAUUCUUAUUUUAUUAAUGCAUGUGGCCAAGCACUUGGUAUAAAAGCAUUAAUUGACGCCACAGUGCCUUUUUGUACAGCACUGAUCACUCCUUCUACUGUUUUAGAGGUCGUAAAGCAACUUGCAGAGCAUGAUUUAGAUUAUCAUGAUGAAGUCGAUUUCAUAGCAGAAAAUUUCAUGCAGCUUAAAGAUAAGCGUGAACUCAAGAUGCUUCCAGUGGAAGUAUUACAAUCAAUUAUUCAAUCAAAUAAAUUUUCAUUUCCAAAUGAAGAAGAUUUCUUCCAUUGGAUCAUGUCAGUUGUAUCUACAUCAGGUUCUUCCUACAAUGUACUCUUCGGAUAUUGCUUCUUUGAAAAACUUUCGAAGAAAUGCAUGAGAGAGUUUGUAGACAUUGUUUCUUACGAUUCUAUCGAGCCAUUCAUCUGGAAUAGCCUCAAGAAUCGUCUUGUACAAGACGUAAUUCAGACAGAAGAAGAGGAAGAUAGAGAAGAAGAAGAUUCACCUCCAAAAAUGCCACAGUUCCAGCCAGUUAUCCAACAGAACCCAGAAUUGCCUUUUAACACUCAAAUACCUCAAUUUAUUUCCCGUAGUGAGCCAGUUCAACCGAUUGCUCACACAUUUUCCGAAAUUGAGCAGAACCAGAAGCAGCAGUACCAACAACAGAAGGACAACUAUGCUCAGCAGACAUACUCUGCCCCUGUUCAGCCUCAACAGCCUACUUCGACGACUCAAGAAUUUUAUGACGAUAAUGAAGAGGAAGAAGACUACAUUGCGCUCGAAUACGAUAAGGAAUAUCUUCUUGAUGGUGUUAUCUCAUACAUUAAGCGCGAAUAUCCAGAUUCUUGGCAAGAUGAAGUUAUUAUCGAAGGAGGAGGUACAAAGAACUACCAAAUCAAUCGCGUUGUUGAUUACGACCAUCUAGAUACAUGGUGGGAUAACUACGACUCAAAUAAAGGCAAAUGUCUCAAAGAAAAUGCUUGGAUCAAGUUUGAAUUCGUUGGUUACGCCUUGGAAUUGCAACAUUACACACUCGCAUCAACAGCAAUAAAGCCAAGACAGCACCAGCCCAAAUCUUGGAUCAUAGAAGCAAGUGACGACGGAGUUAAGUGGGAAGUGGUCGAAACAGUUAACAAUUGUGAGGAAAUGAACCAAAAAGGUGCCAUCAUGACGUUUAAGUUGGCCAGACCUUCCAGACCUUACCAAAUUUUCAAAUUUACCCUGAAAGCGAACCACGCAAGGCCUGAUGGACCAAAUGCACACGAAUUGUCACUUGGAGCUAUAGAAUUCUACGGGAGAUUGUUCCCUCUUGAUUAUUGA